CAAACCCAAAAACCUAUUUCACAAAUAAAACCUCAAAGACCGAUGAAGAAGCAAUCAGAGCCAACGUCAGAGAUAAAAGAUGGUCUCCGGCUAGAUCUAAAACAACGGCAGUCUCACUCCGGUUAUUCCUCGUGGCUAAAUGCUUUUGUCCAGUUCAACAAAACACCAUUCCCAUUGAAGGAGAAAGGCUGGUGCUACCGCAGUGCUCCCUGGACGCCAGUCGUGGAGUUGAACAGCAAGAGGAUGUUCGCGAAGCAUUAAACCCGCUAAUGCAGUUUUCAGUCCUUUGGUCAGCUUACCAUCUAUGGAAUUAGUGAGAAGAGCUUGCAGGAUCUUCUGCUUUGCUUGGUUGGAGAGCCUUUUUUUUUGUCUUGUUUCAACAUUUUCUGAAACUUCCAUGUUGUAUUUGUGAUGAUGUACGACUAUGUAUGUGUAGGUUUAUAUAGAGCUUUAUCAAAUUUGCAGUGUUUAAAAUGUUUAAGUUGGAGGGAAUGGUUAAAAACUCCCGCCAGAAGACAUGUAAGCCCAAAAAGGC